CAAUGCUGAGUGGUGUGUCUCAAGGUCCACUACUGUUUCUUGCUUUCAUCAGUGACCAACCAGGAUCCCUCAAUUCUCAUUCAAUAUUGUAAUCACAAAGCAAUGCAGAUUUAAAGACCGUCAAAGUGACCUACAAUUGUGUUAGCGCCACAUUUAGUGCAUUCCUUGUCGAGUACCGCAGCAUGCCGAGUGAUAGUAUUUCGGAUACCGAUCAGGAGAAAAAAGUGAGUCCAAUUCAUUCUGGUAAGACAAACAGUAAUGCGCAUAAACACCGGUUAUCUUGGCAGUGCAGUUAAGAUAUCUAUUUUUCAGAUACAAAAGAUCACGGAACAAAUGGCCAAGUCAUCCAUCAAAAAGUGUGAGAUAAAAUACAACCUAAAAGUUCCCAAGGGUACAAGAGAUCGUGACCCUUUACAAAUGACCAUCCUUGAGGGUCUAUUCAGUACAAUAAUACAGUGUUUCAAGCGUCAUGAUGCAGUCACAAUAGAUACUCCUGUGUUUGAACUCAAGGAAGUGCUGACUGGGAAGUAUGGAGAAGAAUCGAAAUUGAUAUACGACCUUCAAGACCAGGGUGGCGAAACCCUUUCUUUGAGAUAUGAUCUUACUGUCCCGUUUGCUCGUUAUGUCGCCAUGCACAAGAUCAAGUCUAUCAAGCGUUAUCAGAUUGGGAAGGUUUAUCGGCGCGAUCAACCAGCUGUGACCCGUGGCCGUUAUCGGGAAUUUUAUCAGUGCGAUUUUGAUAUCGCUGGAGAUUAUGGACCAAUGUUAGCGGAUGUUGAAUGUCUCCGAAUAAUAUAUGAAGUCCUGUCCGAACUAGCCUUAGGUGAUUUUGUUAUCAAAGUCAACCACAGGCGUCUGCUCGAUGGAUUAUUUGCAGCUUGUGAUGUGCCUUCUGACAAGUUUAUAGCAACCUGCUCUUCAGUUGAUAAACUAGACAAAGUCCCCUGGGAAGAUGUUAGACGAGAAUUAUGUGAAGAAAAAGGUUUGUCGUGUGAGACUGUAAACAAAAUUGGUUCUUAUGUUCAGCUAAAUGGAGGUAUCGAUUUAGUUGACCGUCUUGAUUCGGAUGAACAGCUCAAUAAUCAACCUUCUGCUAAGGCUGCUUUGCAAGAUAUGAGACUUUUGCUAGACUAUUGUGAAGCUCUAGGCAUCCAGGAUCGGAUAAGCUUUGACCUUAGCCUAGCUCGUGGUUUAGAUUACUAUACAGGUGUUAUAUACGAGGCUGUGUUAAAAGGUUUCACUUACAGUCCGGACGGUCUUAAUGCACAAUUGACUGGUCCUAAUGAGACUGAAACGAACUCUUCUUCGAGGGGCAAGAAGUCAAGUAGAAAGGAUAAAAAGAAGGAAAAGUUGGAAGAAGAAUCUACUGCUUCAGAUGAACCUAUGGCUGUCGGUAGUGUUGCUGGUGGAGGCAGAUAUGAUGGUUUGGUUGGAAUGUUCGAUUCAUCAGGUGCACGAGUACCAUGUGUUGGUUUUAGCUUUGGAGUUGAGCGUUUGUUGGCGAUUAAAGAAGCUCUGUCUACUACAAGCAAGAACAAGUCUACUGUGCGGUCAACGGAGACGGACGUCAUGGUUGCUGGGGCUCAUAAAGGUCUUAUUCUGCAACGUUUACAAUGUUGUCGGCUUUUGUGGGAUGCAAAAAUAAAGGCUACAAUGUCGCAUAGGAAUCAUCCAAGACUUUUAGAUCAAUUACAGUAUUGUGAGUCAACGGGUAUUCCAUUGGCUGUGGUUUUAGGUGACAGUGAACUGGCCCGUGGUACUGUCAAGUUAAGAGAUAUUCAAAGUCGGGAAGAAUAUGAAGUUUCAUAUGCAGAUCUUGUGAAUAAAAUCAAAGAGAUGCUGUCAGCCAAAAAAUAAGACUUUCUGAUCUGCUUUCAUGUAAUUUUAAUAAAUAUUUGUGCAUUGUAUUAUUUUUAUCAUGUGAUGUGGCUAACCAUUCAGACUGUUCAAGAUCGUUACAAUAAACUCAAGAUAGUUUGCUUA